UAGCAGACGACGCGUCACACGCGCAAGUCGGCUUUGAUCUGCGCCUGAGUGUUAUCUGUCGGUAUAAUUGAUCUUUACAUCGCAUUAUAUCCAAUGAUUCGUCAGAUAAAUAACGAUCUAACUCGCGAAGUUAAGACGUCCUCGAAUUAUUCUCUCCGUAAAAUGGAGAAAAACAAAAAUAUACUGUAUUCGAAGACCGGUGACAAGGAGGAAGAUGAGAUAUUAUUGGAGCCAUAUACUUACAUUCUGCAAGUACCUGGGAAACAGAUUAGAGCCAAGCUAGCACACGCCUUCAAUUACUGGUUAAAAAUACCGCAGGAUAAACUGCUCGCUGUCGGUGAAAUUAUACAGCUACUUCAUACUUCCAGUCUCUUAAUUGACGACAUUCAAGAUAAUUCAGUUUUAAGGAGGGGCAUUCCUGUAGCUCAUAAUAUUUAUGGUAUAGCAAGCACGAUAAACGCUGCAAAUUAUUCUAUGUUCAUUGCUUUAGAGAAACUACUCGCUUUGAAUCAUCCAGAGUGUAUCCAAGUGUAUGUGGAACAAUUGCUGGAACUUCACAGAGGCCAAGGCAUGGAAAUUUAUUGGAGAGACAAUUACAUUUGUCCGUCAGAGACGGCUUAUAAACAGAUGACCAUUCGAAAAACUGGCGGACUUUUCGAUCUGGCUGUAAAAUUAAUGCAACUGUUUUCCGAUUGCAAGGAAAAUUAUAUACCUCUGGCUGGUAUCUUAGGACUUUAUUUUCAAAUUCGUGAUGAUUAUUGUAAUCUAUAUCUACAAGAGUAUGCUGAAAAUAAAAGCUACUGUGAGGAUCUUUCAGAAGGGAAAUUUAGUUUUCCCAUUAUACAUGCUAUACGGACUCAUCCGGAAGAUAGACAAAUAAUGACCAGUCUUAAUGAAGAUAUUCUUAGACAACGUACUAAGGACAUUGAGGUGAAACGAUAUUGCGUUAACUUGUUAGAAAAGUUUGGAUCCUUUGCUUACACAAGAACUGUACUGGAAGAAUUGGACAAAGAAGCAAGAAAUGAAGUGCAACGCCUAGGUGGAAAUCCUUUAUUAGUACGAUUGUUAGAUGAAUUGAUGAGCUGGAAAGAUUGUGAUCCUCAACAGCAGGGUAAAAAAGAUAGUCUUUAAUCAUGUUUUAUUAUUUUUAAUUAUAUAUAUUAUAUAUGAAAGAAAUGUUAUACGCAUGUUAUAUACAUAUCUAAUUUAUACGUAUAUCCUAUUUUCCGAAAGUUACAGGUUAUUUAUUAUAUAAUGUUCAUAAGAGAAGAAAAUUUUAGAAUUACUUCUAAUCUUUUCUUUUUUUUUUCUUUUUUUUCAUUUCGUAGGUAGCAUAAAUUUUGAACAAUUAAAGUCACUUUAG